AACAACAACAACACAGGCAGCAGUAAAUAUGGCAGACAGAGACACAUCCAUAGAUGCUCACAAACUCAAUGUUUAUCAGGAGCUGCUCAGUCCAUCAGAGCUGUUUGAGGCGAGGUCCCGGAGCCAUAAGAUACCAGUGAAGGGUCAGAAAGACUUCCUGCCCGAUGGGUCCGAGAAGCAGACGGCCCGUCUGCAGCAAAGUCUGGACGAGCACUGGACGCUCCUGGCCGAGGAGAGAGUGGAGAGACUAGGGAAUCUAGUGAAAGCUGCCUGGACUCCUGAGGAAAGACUAGUGGAAUUGCAGUCUCCAGCAGGGAAAUUUUGGCAGACGAUGGGUUUUUCAGAGAGAGGCAAGCAGUGCCUGCGUCCUGAAGAGGCUCUCUACCUCAUGGAAUGUGGUAAUGUGCAGGUGUUUUACCGGGACCUUCCGUUGUCCAUUCAGGAGGGAUAUGAGCGCUUUCUCUCUAGUGAGACUGUGACUCUUCAUCAGUAUCAGGUUUUUGGACAUUUGAAAAGGCUUGGGUAUGUUGUGAACAGAUUUGACCCCAGUUUAGUCCCAUCCACAUAUGAGAGACAGCUGAAUCUGCCGGCAUCAUCAUGGGACAAGCAGAGAAAACAGCUGAAGAGGAAACGCUCUCAAAGUCCUGUGUCCAGUGACAAGCAGAACACGUCACCAGUGGAGAAGACGACAGCCGAAGACCGAAGUGACGAGCUAGUUAAGAGCAGCGAAUCGCCCCUGCCGUCCGCCGAUGCCUCUGACAGGACGUGGUGGAUGGAGAGGGAUGUCCAGCCUCCACCUCCUCAAGCCCAAAGCGCAGCUCCUCGCUGGGACUUCAGCAGCAUCUCUUUCCCAGACCUGGGCUCCCGUAGGAGCCGCUCCGUGUGCCUGGCGUCCCCAGACCGUAGCCUCUUACCCGGCGCUCUGGAGGUGGGCGACUGUGACGUGGCUCCGUGGCUCAGCAGACUCAACAUGAAGCAGGAGAAGCUGUCGCGCCGGGACAGGGAGCGCCAGGGAGAGAGCGAUCGCUACCGCAGGGAUGUUAACAGCGACCGAGAGGUGCGGCGCUGCAGGAACUGGGCGGAGUAUUCCCAGCUGAUGGAGGACAGGAGGAGACGGUGGCGGAAAGACAGACCCGCGCAUCUGUGGGAGAGGGAGGUGACGCCGCUUACUCAGCCCGGCCAAUGCGCCUCGCACCGUGAACUGCUGGACCAGAUCAGCAUUGUCAAGUCUUCCAGCUGGUCUGAGGGGGUUUCCAGGUUGUCCCCGUCAGACCAGUGGAAGAUUAGUUUUGAUGUUUACCAACCGGACACGGUGGCGGAGUUUAAAAAGAGCCAUCCUGGAAAGCCUUACAGCCGCAUGUGUGUCUGCAGUUUUGACGGUCCCGUGCCUGAUCUGCAUGCCAUGAAGCAGCUGUCCUUCCAAAGUGGAGAUGUCCCAGUAACGUUUGCAGUGGUGGAUCAUGGUGACAUCUCUUUUUACUGCUUCAAGGAUUUCAAACUUCCAACCGAUGUGUAUUAAAGGAGCAUUUCUAAAACUGCAUGGAAAAAAAAAAAGUGUAUCUCAGGGUAUUAGUGUUAGUUCACCCCAAAAUGAAAGUUCUGUCAUCUUUUGCUCAU